UACUGUGUGACCUGUGAUUGGUCACAGCUUGUCACAUGGUACAAGGCUGUUGUGAAUAGCCCUGUACCAUAUUUCACUAGUAGUAAGCAAUGAUGUCAGAAGUGACAUGUUGCUUACUACUAUUCAUGUGAUCACUGAUUGGCCAAUCAGUGAUCACAUGAUCGGGACCUCACAGAGGUCCCGUACAGCGAUAGGUGUUCCGCGCGCUCCCAGGGAGUGCGCAAAGGCAGGGAAGCGGGAGGACAUUUAUAAACGGCCACCUGCUCCUGCACUGCUCCCCUCUGGCCGUUUAUAUACAUGGGCUUGACGGGAAGUGGUUAA